AGCUGAGGUGGGUAUGCUCCAACUCACUGGAGGGGCCAAUCCUUUUUGUUCAGGCUACUGUGGGGCUCAGAGCAGUGCCCACCCCCCACCCUGCCAGCAGGCCUGAGACCCUGCCUCCAAACCAGCCCCCUGGGGUUUGGUGAGUCUCCCUGUCUGUUUUUUCACUUGUGAGAUGGGCAUGAUGACAUGUGGGGGACAGGCCAAAGCCCCCCUCAGGGACAGCCCUCCAUGCAGCACCUCCCCCAGCAUAGGCUGAACAGAAAGGAUGCAAGUGGGGAGGGUCCUCCCGGACACCCCACCCCAGCCUCAGUCCACCAGGUCCACACACACGGCAGGGCCCCAGGCCCCGCAUGGUGCCAGCAAAGGCCAAUGACUGAGGAACGGGCCAGGGAGGACAGCUGGCGUUCCCUCGGGCCAGAGAGCAAGGGGGUGUGCCGUGUGUAUGUGCACAUGCAUGUCUCACGGGCCCACCCUUGCAGGGCAGUAGGGAAGAGGCAAAGGCCAGGUUCAGCUUCCUGGUGGACACCUGCCAGGCCCUGGCAGGGCUGGACUGCCAGAGGCCCCACCCAACCCCAGCAAAAGUCGGCAGCCUCCCCCACUCCUGUCAGCAUGGGCCCCUAGUUGCCAUUGAGGGCUCCCCAAAACCCAGGUGAAGGGGAGACAGGCCCCACCCUGGGGCCACCCUCCACCAGGGGCACACACCUGGUGCACACGCCAGCUGCAUGGGCCCAUUUGGUUACAGCAGUUCCUCCCUCCUUUGCAUGGGCCCCUCCAGGCCCAGCUGUGAGCUGUCCUCAGAGGGAGGCACCUGCAUCAGGAGUGCCCCAGCCGGGGGUCAGCAGUGUAGCAUCUGCUCCUGCAGCUUCCAGCCAGGAGAGUGGCCGAGACCCUCAGCAAGUGUCCCCAGGCAGGCUGGCAGGGCACGCCGCCCCCCCCAGCUGCAGGGUGGAGGCUGGGCAGCCGCUGUCACUGGCCUGCUGGCUGGUCUGCAGGCCUGGAGGGGCCACCCCUGUAGCCCCCUAACUGCUAACAACACAGCCUGGAGUUGGAGGCCAGAAACCUCCUGGUGCUGGAGAGAGGGGUUUCUGUGCCUAUGCAAAGCUCCCCCAGCACUGGCACCUCUGCACCCCUCCCAAAGCAGCAAGGCCCUGGGUGACCCCACCCCUCCUCUCCAGUCUGCUGGGCGGCUCAGAAGGGGUGAACUGAGGGGCUCGGGCACAGGCAAGUGACAAGGCCACAGCCAGCGACUGCUCAGAGACUGCUUGCUGGUGCCGUCAGCCAGAGAACCUGGUGGUGGUGUCAGGAGGAGUGUGACAGGCACUGACCUUCCGGGCUUGGGAAAGCCAGGACGUCGCCAGGGCCCCCGGGGGCUUGGCAGGUGAAGAUGGCAAGUGUUUUGCUAAACAAAUCCUCUGCCCGCUCCCUCUGGGCUCACUAUAUCUGGGACUCCUGCCUGGUGUCUUCACUUGCCAUCCCUGCUGGGAGCUGCUGCCCGCCAUGCCAAGCCUUGCUGUCCUGGGCCUCAGCCUCGCGGCUCUCUUGAGUCCUGGGACGGGGGACCCGCUGUGCCUGUCCCGGCAGCUCAAGAUGUCAGGGGACUACGUGCUGGGCGGGCUCUUCCCCCUGGGCACAGCCGAGGAUGCCAGCCUCCGGGGCAGGACGCAGCCCAGGGGCCCCGUGUGCAGCAGGUUCUCAGCCCUCGGCCUGCUCUGGGCGCUGACCGUGACGAUGGCCGUGGAGGAGAUCAACAACGGGUCCGCCCUGCUGCCCGGGCUGCGCCUGGGCUACGACCUCUUCGACACGUGCUCGGAGCCCGUGGUGGCCAUGAAGCCCAGCCUGAUGUUCCUGGCCAGGACGGGCAGCUGUGACAUCGCUGCCUACUGCGACUACACGCGCUACCGGCCCCGCGUGCUAGCUGUCAUCGGGCCCCACUCCUCGGAGCUCGCCCUGGUCACCGGCAAGUUCUUCAGCUUCUUCCUCGUGCCCCAGGUCAGCUACGGAGCCAGCAUGGACCGACUCAGCACCCGGGAGACCUUCCCCUCCUUCUUCCGCACGGUGCCCAGCGACCGCGUGCAGCUGACGGCCACGGUGGAGCUGCUGCAGGAGUUCGGCUGGAACUGGGUGGCCGCGCUGGGCAGUGACGACGAGUAUGGCCGGCAAGGCCUGAGCAUCUUCUCAGGCCUGGCCAACGCACAGGGCAUCUGCAUCGCGCACGAGGGCCUGGUGCCGCUGUCCCACACCGACAGGCAGCAGCUGGGCAAGGUGCAGGACAUACUGCACCAGGUCAACCAGAGCAACGUGCAGGUGGUGGUGCUGUUCGCCUCCGCGCACGCGGCCUCUGCCCUCUUCACCUACAGCAUCCGCUACAAGCUCUCGCCCAAGGUGUGGGUAGCCAGCGAGGCCUGGCUGACCUCAGAGCGGGUCAUGGCGCUGCCCGGCAUGGCCCAGGUGGGCACCGUGCUUGGCUUCCUGCACCGCAGCCUCCCGUUGCCCAAGUUCGCCAACUACGUGAAGACACGCCUGCACCUGGCCGCCAACCCAGCCUUCUGCGCCUCGCUGAGCGCCGAGCAGCCGGGCCUGGAGGAGCACGUGGUAGGCCCGCGCUGCCCGCAGUGCGACUGCAUCUCGCUGCAGAACGUGUCCGCCGAGCUGGCGAACCAGCGGACCUUCCCCGCCUACGCCGCCGUGUACAGCGUGGCACAGGCCCUGCACAACACCCUGCAGUGCAACAGCUCGGGCUGCCCCGCGCAUGAGCCCGUGCAGCCCUGGCAGCUCCUGGAGAACAUGUACAACAUGAGCUUCCGCGCCCAUGGCCUGACGCUGCAGUUCGACGUCAACGGGAACGUGGACAUGGAGUACGACCUGAAGCUGUGGGAGUGGAAGGAGCCAACGCCCAUGCUCCGCACCGUGGGCACCUUCCACAGGCGCCUCCACCUCCUGCAACACAGCCAGAUCGUGUGGCACACGGCCCACAACGAGGUGAGUGGGGCCAGGGGCACUCGGGUCCCUCCCGCACCGCAGUCCCCGGGCCGGGUGCAGCCUGAGGGGGGGCCCUCCAGUCGCAGGUGGGCGCACCCGGCUCUGCGCAGAGCUGGACCCAAGGCCCGUGUCCAGGUCCCAGUGUCCCAGUGCUCGCGGCAGUGCCGAGAGGGCCAGGUGCGCCGCGUGAAGGGCUUCCACUCCUGCUGCUACGACUGCGUGGACUGCAAGGCAGGCAGCUACCAGCACCGUGCAGAUGACUUCAUCUGCACCACGUGCAACCACGAUGAGUGGUCCCCGGACCGCAGCACACGCUGCUUCCCCCGGACGACCAGGUUCUUGGCGUGGGGGGACCCGGCUGUGCUGGGGCUGCUCCUGCUGCUGGCCCUGGUGCUGGGCCUGGUGCUGGCCGCCCUGGGGCUGUUUGUCCACCACCAGGACAGUCCGCUGGUACAGGCCUCAGGCGGGCUUCUGGCCUGCUUCGGCCUGGCCUGCCUGGGCCUGGUCUGCCUCGGCAGCCUGCUGUUCCCCGGUCGGCCGAGCCCGGCCAGCUGCCUGGCCCAGCAGCCGCUGUCACACCUCCCACUCACCGGCUGCCUGAGCACACUGUUCCUGCAGGCGGCCGAGAUCUUCGUGGAGUCGGAGCUGCCGCCAAGCUGGGCGGCCUGGCUGCGGGGCCACCUGCAGGGGCCCUGGGCCUGGCUGGUGGUGCUGCUGGCCAUCCUGGUGGAGGCGGCACUGUGUGCCUGGUACCUGACGGCCUUCCCGCCAGAGGUGGUGACGGACUGGCAGGUGCUGCCCACGGAGGCGCUGGUACACUGCCGCGUGCACUCCUGGGUCGGCCUCGGCCUGGUGCACGCCGCCAACGCUGCGCUGGCUUCCCUCUGCUUCCUGGGCACCUUCCUGGUGCAGAGCCGGCCCAGCCGCUACAGCCGUGCCCGGGGCAUCACCUUUGCGACACUGGCCUACCUCAUCACCUGGGUCUCCUUCGUGCCCCUCCUGGCCAAUGUGCAGGUGGCCUACCAGCCGGCUGUGCAGAUGGGCGCCCUGCUUCUCUGUGCCCUGGGCAUCCUGGCCGCCGUGCACCUGCCCAAGUGCUACCUGCUGCUGUGGCAGCCCGAGCUCAACACCCCCGAGUUCUUCCUGGGAGGGGCUCCCGGGGAGGCCACCGGCAGGGACGGCAGUCGGGGUGAGGAAGGAACUCGGGGCAAGAGCGAGUGAGCCCUAACCCAGUGGCCUCACCCCCGUGGCCUACUCAAGAUCCCCCAACCCAGCAACCCCCAGACCGUGCUCCCCAUUAAGACUCUCCCGCUCCAGGUUCUGACCACAAGUUGUCUGCUGACCUUGACCCCACGGUGACCUCCAGGCCUGCAGCACCCAAGAGGGACCUGUGCAACCCCACCCCCUG